UGGACAAGCCACGCCCACUUUAUCGACUUCGCAAAUGUCAUCCGAGCCAAAAGGUGCCUAGAUUUUUCUCCAGGAUAUUCCGGCUGAAUCGAAAUUAAAAUCCAGAGGCAGAGUUGAUCACCAUGGUAGCGGGAGUGACGGUUGCCGCUGGUGCCGUUGGUGCUGGUGUUGGCUGGGUCUUUUUGAAGCGCUGGAUCAGUGGAGGUCGUUGUCAUAGCAAUGCUCGUUUGGAUGGAAAGACGGUCAUCAUUACUGGUUGUAACACAGGAAUUGGCAGAGAAUCUGCCAAGGACCUAGCUAAAAGAGGAGCCAGAGUAAUCAUGGCAUGCAGGAACAUAGAGAAGGCAGAAGAAGCUCGACUGGACGUUGUAAAAGUGUCUGGUAGUGCCAACGUGGUGGUCAAGAAACUUGACCUGGCUUCAAUGAAGUCCAUCCGAGACUUUGCCGAGGACAUAAAGAAGGAAGAAAAGCAGCUCAAUAUUCUUUUGAACAAUGCUGGUAUUAUGAUGUGUCCUCAGUGGGAGACCGAGGAUGGUUUUGAGAUGCAGCUGGGGACCAACCACCUGGGUCAUUUCCUAUUGACCCUACUCCUCCUGGACCUCAUCAAGUCGUCCGCUCCAAGCCGUAUCGUGAACGUCUCUUCCACUGCCCAUGAGAGGGGCAGCAUGCAUUUUGACGACAUUAUGUUGAAGAAGAGCUACGGUCCAAUGAAAGCAUACGCACAGAGCAAGCUUGCAAAUAUUCUCUUUACACGAGAGCUAGCAAGGCGACUUAAGGGUACUGGUGUCACUUGCUACUCUCUACAUCCUGGCGUGAUCAACACGGAGCUUACAAGGCACUUUCCUUCCUACGCUGCACCACUUGUUUACCUUGGAAGUGCAUUCUUGAAGACGCCAGAGCAAGGGGCACAGACAAACAUCUACUGUUGUGUGGAUGAGAAAGCGGGCGAAGAAACGGGACUCUACUAUAAGGAUUGUGCUACAGCUACGCCGACCAAGGCUGCUCAAGAUGACGAGGCAGCAAAGAAACUUUGGGAUCUGAGUCUCAAGCUGGUAGGGCUUGAGGAGUAGGGAGCUUUGUGAUCCCAAAACACUUGGCUGGUAUCCAAUUCAAUACUUGGAUUUAAUAAAAGUUUUAUCAGUACUCUUCUUUACUGAGUCAUAUUCAGUUCUGUUCCCUGUUGUAUAAAAG